CAGUCAUUUUCUUAUCUUCUUGACGUCAUUUAAUAUUUUGAAACCUAAAUACAGUUUUCAUCUCAAAAUCUUUACUUCCGUUCAAAACAGAUGGAUUUUAUUUACUUAAGUUCUUUCUUUAGUGCAAUUUUGAUUGUAUGUUCGGCUUUCCAGAAUGUGCCCCAGACGUCAGGUUACCCGAGCCAACUGUUGGCUAAUAUGAUGAAUGAUUUAAAGAAAGCAUACGAUGCUAAGUUAAGUAAUAUACAGACGAACUUCAACAAAAGGAUGGCUCAGCAAGAACAACGCUAUAACCAACUGCUAGACAUUUUAAGAGGAGAACCUCGUGAAAAGCGUCUUCUUGACGGACUUGUACAAUCGACGGCCUCCUCCCCCACCAAAGUCGCCUUCUAUGUCCAACUGUCGCAUGAUUUAUCAGGAUUAGGUAACUACCAGGCAAUUGUGUUUGACCUUGUUACAACAAAUAUCGGUAGCGGCUACAACAAUGUUAACGGAAUGUUUACAGCACCGUCGUCAGGUACUUACGUUUUCUCGUGGACAUCUGCAAGCGCCGACAAUCAUCAUAUACAAACAGAACUUGUUGUCAAUAGCAAAAUAGUUGGUACAACUUGGUCUGAUUCAGGGAAUCAUGCUGAUUAUGCUAUAGCUUCAAACACUGUGGUCGUUGACUUGAAACCAGGAGAUGUUGUUUGGAUCCGGAGUAACACCAUACACUGGCACACCAUUCACGGUCAACGAAUGACAACAUUUUCUGGGUGGCUUCUAUACUCGCAGUAAAUGUAUUACGUCAUAAUAAAAAAAAUAAAGUAAUGAAUUUGAUAAAUCUGACAAAAACUGUC